AUGGUAAGAGAUCCACACAAUCCACUUCACGUGUAUCAUCAGUUGGGAGGCAACAUAAUUGGUGGCAUCACUUCUCAGACCUUCAUAAUCUCCAACUCGCUAACCUUCAUUGAAGCACCUCCACCCGUGUUGUUUGAAGAGCUCGCUGUAGUGCCUAAGUAUUACCAGCACAUCCUGGCUUUGGCAUUUGCUGUAAAGGAGAUAAAUGAAAACUCUCAGAUUUUACCCAAUACUUCCUUGGGCUUCCACAUUUAUGACAGUUAUUUCAAUGCAAAGAAUACCUAUCAUGCCACAAUGCAGCUUAUGUCUUCAAAAGAAAAAAUAGUUCCCAACUACAUAUGUGACAUUCAGAAUAAAUUAAUAGCGGUUGUUGGGGGACUGGAGCCUCUAAUUUCUCGUUAUAUUGCAACUGUAUUGGAUAUCUACAAGAUUCCACAGCUCAUAUAUGGCCCUGCUCCAGUGAUGAAUGAUAAAACCACAGGCCUUUCCUUCUACCAAAUGUCUCCUAAAGAUGCUCUUCAGCAUGCAGGCAUUCUGACUUUGCUUCUCCAUUUCAAUUGGACAUGGAUUGGGAUCCUUACAUCCAAUGAUGAAUAUGGAGAAAGAUUUGUGCAGACAGUGUUUCCAGUAUUCUCCAGAAAGGGUAUUUGUUUUGCCUUCAUAGAAAGAAGCAGCAAAUUUACCAUUGUCACAGAAAUUAAUGACAUGCUACAUGAGAGAGCCAAAAUAUAUGAUAAAAUCAUUGACAGCAAAGCCAAUGUAGUGGUUGCUAAUGCAGAAUCUUAUCUCAUUGUUUUUUUGAGGUGGCUACCAUAUAUCUCAGAAAGAGAAUGCACAAUAAAUAAAGGAAAAGUGUGGAUAGUAACAGCUCAGAUAGAGCUCACUUCAAUGGUGUAUCAAAGAACAUGGGAUACAGAUAUAGUCCAUGGUGUUCUGUCCUUCUCUAUGCCCUCCAGUGAUAUACCAGGAUUCAAGACAUUUAUUGAAAGCAAAAGCCCUUCAUUCACAACAGGAGAUGGCUUUAUCAGGGAUUUCUGGCAGCAGGCCUUUGGUUGUCUCCAUCACUUUCUGAAAAUUGUCUCCUUUAACAACAGUGCUGGAGACAAGAUCUCCUUUGACCAGAAUGGGGAGUUAGUGACUGGAUUUGAUAUUCUAAACUGGAUUAUUUCCUCAAACCAAUCCUUUCAUAGAGUGAAAGUUGGGAGAAUGGAUCCCCAGGGUUCUCCAGACCAAGUAUUCACCAUCAGCAAGGAUGCCAUCACAUGGCACAAUUGGUUUAACCAGGUCCAGCCUCUUUCUGUAUGUUCUGAGAGUUGCUAUCCUGGUUCCAGCAAGAAAGUGAAGGAGGGAAAACCAUUUUGUUGCUAUGAUUGCAUCCCAUGUCCAGAAGGAAAGUUUUCAAACCAGAAGGACAUGAAUGCCUGUUCUACAUGCACAGCAAAAGCCUAUCCAAGCAAAACCAGGGAUUUCUGUAUGCCCAAGUUCAUUUCCUUUUUAUCGUAUAAAGAACCACUGGGCAUCAGUUUAGCCUUCUUUGCUCUUUUCUUUUGUCUGAUCACAGUCUUGGUGCUAGGAAUAUUUCUGAAGCACCACAACACUCCCAUUGUCAAGGCCAACAACCAGAACCUUGCCUACACUCUCCUUAUCUCAAUCCUGCUCUGCUUCCUUUCUGCAUUGCUAUUCAUUGGACAUCCUAAGCAGGUGUUGUGUCUCCUCCGACAAACCACUUUUGGCAUGAUCUUCUCUGUGGCUGUUUCUUGUGUGUUGGCAAAAACCACUACUGUGGUUCUUGCUUUUAUGGCCACCAAACCAGGUUCCAGGAUGAGGAAGUGGGUGGGGAAAACACUUGCCAGUGCCAUUGUUCUUUCCUGCUCCCUUAUUCAAGCAGGCAUUUGUACCGUAUGGUUGGUCACCUCUCCCCCAUUCCCAGAUGUUGACAUGCACUCAGUUACUGAAGAAAUUAUAUUAGAAUGCAAUGAGGGGUCCAUGACUAUGUUUUACUGUAUUUUGGGUUAUAUCAGUUUCCUGGCCAUAAUCAGCUUUGUUGUGGCGUUCUUUGCCAGGAAAUUGCCCAAUAGUUUCAAUGAAGCCAAAUUCAUUACUUUCAGCAUGUUGGUAUUUUGCAGUGUUUGGCUCUCCUUUAUUCCAUCCUACCUGAGUUCAAAGGGGAAAUAUAUGGUAGCUGUGGAAAUCUUUUCUAUCUUAGCCUCCAGUGCUGGGCUCCUAGGUUGCAUCUUUCUCCCCAAAUGUUAUAUCAUUGUGCUGAGGCCUGAGCUGAACAACAGGGAACAACUAAUAAGAAGGCAAGUCUGA